AUGGCUCAAAGAACAUUGACAUUUGUUACUGGUAAUGUUAAAAAGUUGGAAGAAGUCAGAGCUAUAUUGGGGAACAAUUUCCCACUAGAAAUUAUAAGCCACAAUUUAGAUUUACCAGAACUUCAAGGUGAGAUAAAUGAAGUAUCUAUAAAGAAAUGUCAAGAAGCUGCUCGUAAACUAAAAACACCAGUACUAGUAGAAGAUACCAGUCUUUGUUUUAAAGCACUGAAUGGUUUACCGGGACCAUACAUAAAAUGGUUUCUGGAAAAAAUUCAACCAGAAGGACUAUCAAAACUUCUUACGGGCUGGGAAGACAAGUCCGCAGAAGCAAUUUGCACGUUUGCAUACUGUACUGGGAAUUGUGAAGAUCUAGAUGUUAUAUUAUUUCAAGGAAUAACCAAAGGAAAAAUUGUUCCUCCAAGAGGAACAAGAGAUUUUGGUUGGGAUUGUGUCUUUCAACCAGAUGGACAUGACAAAACCUAUGCUGAAUUACCAAAGGAAACAAAAAAUACUAUAUCUCAUAGGUACAAGGCUUUAGAACAACUAAAGAAGUUCUUUAUAGAAAAAGCAAAUGAAAUAUGA